AUGAGGUUAAUUCAGCUCUGCCGACUGCAAAUCGUUUGCACAGGACUAUUGGUCCUUAUGACUAUUGGUUUAACCAUUCAGCUCCUGGAAACCCACUUCCAGAAAAGAUGCCCUAGGACCUUUGCUGUACUGCCCCCAUUCUCCUCAACGUCAGCGCCAAGUUGUCGGCCAAAAUCUCACAUAGUGUUCCUGAAGACCCACAAGACUGCCGGAAGCACCGUACUGAAUAUGUUACACCGUUAUGGGGACAGGAACUCGUUAACGUUCGCUCUACCCCAGAAGUAUCAGUUCAACUACCCUCACCAGUUCAAUGUUAGCAGGGUGAAAGGGUAUAAUGAAGUUAACAAGACAACGUACGAUAUCCUGUGCUACCACAUGCGCUUCAAUCUCCCAGAGGUCAGGAAGCUGAUGCCCGCAGACUCCUUCUACUUCACAAUCCUACGGGAUCCAGCCACCUUGGCAGAGUCUUCUUUCUCCUAUUAUCACUCCGUGUCAUCUGCUUUCAAGAAAGCCCCCAACUUUACAGAGUUUAUAGCCCACCCUUUUCACUACUACAAACUAGGCGAGAGAGGAAACCAAUAUGCACGCAACUUUCAGUGGUUUGACUUGGGAUUGAACCCCGACGCCAUAUUCUUAGAACCUCUGGCCAGAGCAGGAGUCAGGGAAGUAGAGGGAGCUUUCCACCUGGUCCUACUCUCCGAGUACUUUGAUGAAUCAAUGGUCCUUCUGAAGGAAGAACUGUGCUGGGAUCUUGAUGAUGUGGUGACCUUUAAACUCAACACACGUGAGGCUUCCACACCACUGGAUAAAAGAGAGGUGGAGAGUUCAAGGGCCUGGAAUGCCCUAGACUGGUAUCUUUAUGUCCACUUCAACCGUACCUUCUGGGAGAAAGUAGAGAGAUUUGGGAGAGAGAGGAUGGACACUGAAGUUAGGAGGUUGAGAGAAAGAAGACAACAGCUAGCUGAGAUAUGUCUGGAAGGGUUGAACCCUGUAAGAGCAGAUAAAAUCGAAGAAGAGGGCAUCAAGCCAUUGCAGUUUGGGCAGGAGAGGAUCCUGGGGUGGGUGGUAAAAAGGGAUCUUGAGCCCAACACCCGGGCACGGUGUGUCCAAAUGGUAACUCCAGAGCUGCGAUACAUGGCCAUUUUGAAUGAGAGGCAGUUUCCCGGAGAUGUAUGAACAGGGCCAGUAGAGACCUCGCUGAAGCUUCUAGGUGUCUUAGAAGUUUCAAAAUGGAACUGCAACUGAGGUGGGUUUUAGGAAUGAAGGAAAUGUAUUGUUUGUUUUUUAUAUCAGACGCACAAGAACUUUAUAAAUAUACUAUCUUUCUAGACUACUUUCCUCCAAGCUGCACUCCUUUCACAUGAUUGUGACCCAUCUUUAGUACAGUGGGGACUGUGCCAGAGAAAAGCUCGCUCCCCUUACCCCAAGGAAUGGAACUGCCUUCAGAUGUGAUUAUUAGUGCCCAGUUGGCCACGCUAUGUGCAAGUGGAAAGCAAGGAAGAUAUCAAGACUACUGAGCCACCUUUAAGACCACUGUCCCAUUAGAACUGCACAGCAAGAUGGCAGAGUCUCAUCCUCUUCUGGUUCCAUUAUUUUCUUUUUGACAGGAAGCGCCUUCAUUGGUCUAUUGACUAUGAUCUCACUCAGAGCUUUCUAUAUUGCAUGUAUCGGUUAUUUUUUGCAAUCUGUAUGUUUGACGCAUAUGCUUUUCUAGUGUACAGAAUAUGU